AUGGACCACCUCCCAGGGUGCUAUUUGACCACUUUCAACAUGAGUGAUAGAAACAACUACAACAGCAACGGCCAGAAACAGAUAUCUAUUGAGGUAACUCGCACCUUCAAGCAACGCUACUCAUUGACAGACAUCACCGUUAAUAGGGUAGUGCUGGGACCGCAGGCGGCCUCCAUGUGCGCCGGAAGAGAUCUUUACAUGCUCAGACAACAAACAGGGAUGAAAUUGAAACAGGAGAACCAGGCAGGAAGGCGAACGUUGCUAGUGGCAGGCGCAUGUGUAUUUCUGACUCUCUUGACGGCCGCCAUUUUGGGAUCCGUGUAUCUGGGUUACUCACUCCAUCUACGAGGCCCGACAGGGAAACAACAGACAUACAUGGCGGAUUUCUACCAGGAUGGUCACCAUAUUUUCAAGGAGACUUUAGUCAUCACGGACCGUGAGAACAUGUAUGCCACCAUCAACGGCACCGUUGUCAAUGACUAUGAGACAGGAUUCCAAGUGUACAAGAUGGAACACCUGCCAGGAUGCUACCUAACCUCUUUCAACAUGAGUAAUAGGGACGACUUCAGCAGUAACGGACAACGACAGCAGGUGUCUAUUGAAGUAACUCAGACCUCCAGGCAGCGCUACUCAGUGACAGACAUCGCCGUUAAUUCUGCGGUGCUUGGACCGCAGGCGGCCACCAUGUGUACCGGAAGGGAUCUUUUCAUGCUCCGACAACAAGCAAAUUCCACGAACAACGGUAGGCUAGUUAAGAGAGCGACGAUGAGAUGCUUCAGAAUUUGUAAUUUUGCUGGACGGUGCAAAAUCUGGUGUCUCAUUUAUGAGGAUUAGCGAAAAUAAAAGAGAAAGUAAAGCUUUGUUGUGAACUAAAAACAAGAACAAGAACUCUAAACGGAGCUGUAAAAAUGGAAACCUUCCACGUGAUUUUUUGGCACCUUAUGUAGGCAGAAUUUCGAUUGGUGUUUCAGAUGUAUUGUAGCCGAUGUUUGCUUCCGGCUUUU